AUGGAUAUCCAACAGCACGAUCAGAGACACAGUAUUUCGACGGACUGUUGUUAUCAACAGUGGCCGGUCCAUCAUGGACAUUCGCAACCUCAACCAAUAUCGACGAUUCCCUCACCGAUGCAACAGAUCGAAGCGUGUCUCGAGACCGCCGGAAGGGUUAAACAUUCACAAAGUCCCGAUAGAUCGUCAACAGCGAUUCCAACGUCUGCAACCCCAGAAGUCACACGAAAUGACGAUAAUAAUAAUCACAGGAGUGAUGAAGUUGUGGGGAGUUCGACAGCUUCAACGGAGGAAAAUCGGUCUAAGCGGCCGCUUCAUCCGGCACUCGCUGGCGCCGGCGCCGCGCUCGAGGCUAGACCUCUUUGGGAAGAGUUUCAUCAGCUUGGAACGGAGAUGAUUGUUACCAAAGCCGGACGGAGAAUGUUCCCCACCUUUCAGUGUCGACUAUUCGGUCUAGAGCCAAACACAGACUACCUUCUCGUCAUGGAUUUCGUCCCCUGUGACGACAAGAGGUACAGAUAUGCAUUUCACAGCAGUGCAUGGGUGGUCGCUGGCCGAGCGGACCCUGUAUCACCACCAAGGAUUCACGUGCAUCCUGACAGCCCUGCGAAUGGUGCACACUGGAUGAAACAGCCAGUGACAUUCGAUAAGCUCAAAUUGACGAAUAAUCAGCUGGAUGACAAUGGACAUAUAAUCUUAAAUUCAAUGCAUAGAUAUCAACCUCGCUGUCACAUAGUGGUAGCCCCUUCACCCCCGGGAUCUGGUCCAGAUCCGCGAACCGAAAAUUUUAAAACAUUUUCCUUCUCCGAGACACGUUUCACCGCUGUAACAGCCUAUCAAAAUCAUCGGAUAACUCAAUUAAAAAUCGCUAGCAAUCCAUUUGCAAAGGGUUUCCGUGACUGCGAGCCAGACGACUGUGACUCUGCAAGCUCCACAGGUGUCCCCUCGCAGAAUCCAGCAAAGAGACCAGCAACAGGUAGCACCCCCGUUGGAACCGAGAGUACCUAUCAGAGUUCUAUUCAAACGAUGCCUAUAUCAGCGACAAUAUCGAGUUCGGAUCAUCAUCACCAUCACCAUCAGUUUUACAGCAGUGCAACACAUUGGAAUUAUCCGGGACACCAUCAAACGGCGCACAUCAAUGUCGCCGGACAUUAUUCCCCCCAUCAUCCGCACCAUGGAGCUCCUCUUUAUGGUCCUCGAUAA